AAAAUACAUAAAUAAAUAAAAAAAUAAAUAACAUUUUAAAAAGAUAGUUCUUUCGUCACUCUGGGAGGUAGCUCUCGGUUGGCGCGGCAGUUUGAUUGUAGUGUGCAAAUGCUGCAGAAGUUUUGUUUAUUUUCAGCGUGCAGGGUUUGUAAAAUGUUUAACUCGAUUAUCGGUGUUACUGUUUCUUUCUUUAUGUAUUGAUGUGGGGUGGUACUAUUUUGUUUUGUCUACCCCCCAUGCAUACCCUCUGCUCUCCUCCACUGGUAGGUAAUACAGAUUAUUGCAAAUCCUCUGAUAUUGACGAUUGCGUUCUUUCUUGUAAAUUGUUUCUCUGAAGUUGCCGUUAUCUUAAAUUGCUCUGCCAUUAUUAUUGUGUGAGUUAUUAUUGGUGGGGUUACUCCUGUGCUGUGAUGUGUUUUAUAUGGUGUGUCUUAUCUUUUCUCUCCACUGGCUAUGUGGCAAACAGGCUACACUCUAGGCAGUCUCUUCUGCUGAUGUGUGUGGGUCUGGUAGUGGUACUCUCUCUAUCCUACUAUUUUCCUUUCGGCAUGGUUAGUACCUGCCUGGCGCCCAAACAAAAUCUUUAUCUUUACCCCUCUCUAACAAUACCGCUACAAGGCCUUCAUCAAUUUUCUUGUUCCUUGAUAACCUUUGUUAGUAAAAAACGAGGCCAACUGAUCGCUAGGAGCAAGUUACACAGGAAAUCGACUGUUCCUUGACUAUUAGAAUGCGGUCUCAAUAUGGCAGUUAUAAGUAUGUUCUACAGGAGCUGAAAGAGUUAAUAAUGGGGAAAGUGAAGCAAGUUUUAGAACAGAAGUAAAAAUGGCAUGUGACUACCUGAGGAACUACUUGCGAAAUGUUGCGUAUUCCAUGAUCACAUUAUAACUACUGUAAACCCUUGUUAGACUGAGAAGCAUGUCCUCUUCUGCGUAUGGUGAGUAAAACAAUCUCAAGUAGCCUAUAAGUCGAAUACAUCAGGAAGAGUCUUGAGAAGAACCUCACUGGACUCUAUUUGUUGGUGACAAGACACUUUUUCUUCCAAAAAAGGAAACGAAGCUCCUUAAUAUGGAAGUGAAAAUAACCUUGUCAGGAAAAGGAAAUGGGUCUACAUAUCCUCGGUUGAGUUUCUUUCUAUGCAUUCUUCUGUAUUUCUGGGUUCUAUUUAAUCCAGUAAAUGGCUACUCAAUGAAACACUGCAGAAUCAGGGAAUCUCUAAACGUGUCUGUGCUAUGUGAUGGCAGAAACCUCAAUGCCGUACCAGCAGACAUCCCAUUAUUGGUGACUUCUGUAAACAUAGCAAAGAAUAACAUUUCACAGAUAAAAAGUGAGGACUUCAAAGAUCUAAAGUUCCUCAAAAUGUUAAUCAUGUACAGCAACAGGAUCUCUCAUGUUGAGAAUGGGUCUUUUUCAGACCUGGUGGCUCUAGAGCAGCUGAAUCUGGCCUUUAACAAACUCACAUCCCUCUCAGACCAAAUGUUUAAGGGCCUGGACAACCUCACAGUACUACAAUUGGAGAACAACCAUAUCUCAAGUAUCGCCUCCUCAUCUUUUCAGUUACUCUUCAGCUUGAAGGUACUGAACUUAACCAGCAACAAACUACAUUGUUUCAAGGAGCUGAAGCACAUUUUACAAUUGCCAAGCUUGCUGAAGUUGUUCAUUGGGAACAACAGCUUGAACUCUUUGCAGUCACAGGAAAUAUCAAAUAGGUCAAUAGGGCUGACAGAGCUGGAUCUAUCCAGGAAUCCUCUGGAGAUCUUCAGUGUCACAGCAGAUAUUUUUCCCUAUCUUAAGAAACUAGACCUCUCCUUCUGUGGCAUUAAUGGGAGCAUGGAAUGGGAUGUAGCGGACAGGUAUUUUCUGAGUAAUGUGAGCAGCCUCGACUUGAGUGGCAUUCACAUGUCUUUACAGGGGAUUGGUUCGGUGCUCCAGAGCAUCAACUUUUCGUUGGCAUCUCUGGGGCUGGAUAAAAUAGGAAAAGAUAACCUCAUUAAUGUAGCCUGCCACAUACCUACACUGAAGACCCUCCGAUUGCAAUGUAACAACUUCAGUAGUGUCUCUGACAAGCUGCUGCAGUCCUGCACACAGGUGACUGACCUGGACAUAUCAGGUAAUAAUAUUACUGACCUGUCAGAAGCUGCUUUUCGAUCAAUAAAAGAUCUUAAAACUCUGAGACUAGGCUAUGAUGGCCUCUCUUCUGUGCCGAAUGCUACAAGGAAUCUCCGCACAUUAAAAAAUUUGGAUCUCAGCCACAACAUCAUCAAAACCUUAGGCUGCUCGGAUUUCUCCAAUCUAAAAAGACUUGAAAAACUCUAUCUUAACAACAAUUUAAUCUCAAACCUUGAAGGGUGUGUUUUCCUGGAUUUAAGGGCCUUAAAUAGCCUGACACUUAGAAGGAACAGAAUCCUAAACUUGGGUGAGGCUUUCACAAAGGGUUUGCAACAUCUAAAGAGCUUGGAUUUAGGAUUCAAUAAACUAACCAACAUCAGAACAAAUUACUUCAAAAGCUUAAGAUCACUUGAGGAUCUGGCUUUAUAUGACAAUGAAAUAAAGACACUAGAAGAUGGGGCCUUUGUGGGUUUGGCCAAACUUAAAAAUCUUGUCCUGCUAAACAAUGUUAUAGGUAAAAGUGAAAUCCGAGGUGCUGUGUUCAAAGGACUUAGAAGCUUAAAAACUCUCAAUAUGGCUUCCAAUGCUAUCAAAUAUGAAAAAGAUGAACAACUACAACAACCACCCUUCACUGACCUGUCAUCUCUGGAAAACCUCUACAUAUUUAGUCAGCAUUAUACUAAGUAUAUGAGACAGUCUUGUCUACCUUCCAACUUUCUUGAAGGUCUGAACAUGUUAUCAGAGUUCCAAGCAGGGAAUCUUCAUAUUGCGUACCUGCACCCUGACACAUUCAUUCACACACCCCAGUUGUUGUCCCUUGAUAUCAGCCAGAAUUUCUUCCAUGCCCUCUCCCCAGAGCUCUUUCACCCAAUCCCCAAGCUUAAAAGACUCACCAUCUCCAAAACUGAACUUGAGUCAUUAGAUUUCCUUAUAGAAGCCAAUCUCACUCAAGUCCGUUUCUUAAAGGUGAGACAGAAUAAAAUUAAAUGGACCAAUGAGACAGUGCUGCACUCUCUCCCAGCCUUAACUCUCCUGGACAUGCAAAGGAAUCCUUUCAUUUGUGACUGCAGAAAUGCUUGGUUUGUUCAAUGGGCUGAGAGCAACAGCCAAACACAAGUUGCUUAUGCCCAUGACUAUCCAUGUAGCUAUCCAGACGAUCUCAAGGACACUAAACUGUUGGACCUGGACACCCACUCCUGUUCAGUGGACCUAGGCAUCUUCUACUUCAUCUCAACCACUUCUCUGGUCCUCCUCACCCUGCUGGGGUCCUUUAUCUAUCAUCUCCUGAGGUGGCAGGUGGUAUAUGCCUACUACCUCUUCCUGGCUUAUCUCCAUGACUCCAAGCGGAGGAACAGACAAACUCCUCAUCAGUACGAUGCCUUCGUUUCCUACAACACCCAUGAUGAAUGCUGGGUCGUGAGGGAGCUGCUGCCAGAGUUGGAGGGAGAGCAGGGCUGGAAGUUGUGUCUUCACCACCGGGACUUCCAGCCAGGUAAACCCAUCAUAGAGAACAUCACAGACGCCAUCUACAGGAGCAGGAAAACCAUCUGUGUGAUCACCCAUCGAUAUCUGCAGAGCGAGUGGUGCUCCAGAGAGAUCCAGGUGGCCAGCUUCCGUCUUUUUGAUGAGCAGAAGGAUGUGAUGAUCCUGGUGUUUCUCGAAGAGAUCCCAGACCACCAGCUCUCACCCUACCACCGCAUGAGGAGGCUGGUGAAGAGACGCACCUACCUGAGCUGGCCAAGAGCUGGGGAGGACACAAGGGUCUUCUGGCAGAAACUCCAGGUGGCUUUGGAGACCAGGGACUGGCCUGCUGAGGAGAACCCCAUCCUCACCGGGGUGGAGAGGCAGUGACAUAGACAACUGUCAUGCUCCGAUUUAUAUUAUAUUUUUGGUUUUAACUUCUAAAUAUUUAUUUUAUAUGUUACAUGAUUGAAUAACAUUAACCAAUGCUAAUACUUAAUCAAUCCAAGGUUAUAAUAGGCCUACACUUGCUUAGUUACAUGUGUUGAUUACUAUUUCUAUUAACCUAGCUGGUGUUGCUCAUUCUGAUACUUAACUCUUUUUUAAAUUUUUGUCAUUGGGUGUGUUGUUCUGUAUUGCUAGAUAAUAUUGCACUGUUGGAGCUAGAAAACACAAGCAUUUCGCUGCACCUGCGAUGACAUCUGAAAAUCUGUGUACGUGACUAAUAAACAUUAAUUUGGUAAUUGUCUUUGGAAUGAACAGCUCUGCUAUGAUGUAGUAUUUUCAUUAUUACAUUCAAUUCACUUUGUGCAAUAUGUAUUGUACCUUGUCAAGCGAAGCAAGUUGAAUAAAGAACACUUGCUAUAUUUUGGA